CCAACCUCCGCGCGACCGUGCCGGCCCCGCAGCCAGCAGAUUCAUCCAUCCUUUCCAACACACCUCGCUGCGCUCCCCUCGCCUCCCUCCCCGUGAGAUCUCAUCCGAUCCCCCAUAAAUAAGCGCACCAAGGAAGGAAAUCAAAGCGCAUCACACAGGCCGGCGAUGGACGGCGGGAAGAAGGGCGGCCGGGACCGCAGGGCGUCGCAGGAGCGCAGCGACCGCAAGUCGGGCACCGGGAUGAGCGGCGACGCCAAGAAGGGCGGCCGCGGCGGCAAGUUCACCUGGGAGGGCGCCGACGGCUACACCGACGAGGACCUCGACCUCGUCGCCAGCAGGGGCGCGGGGGCCGGCGCCGACUCCGCCUCCGGCAACAAGAAGUCCUAGGUGGAUGCCUGCUCGCUCGUCGCCUUCCCGUCCGUCCGAUCGAUCCAUAGCUUUCUCAAUCGUGUCAGUUGCUGAAUAAUUAGAUCGAGCCGUGGCGUCUUUGGCGUGUACAUAUGAUCUACUAGUAUUUCCAGUCGUGGACUUGCUAAUUAGAAUAGGUGUCUGGAUCUCGCAUGGUUGUUCCUUGUGCGUUGAUUUCUGCUUAAUUCACCGAUCCAUCAUGUUAUCGCACGAUGCGUAUGCUUUCUUCACUGCGGCGUUUCAUCCUGGCUUUGCUUACUCGUGAUUUCCAUAGGGAGGACUACUAUGAUAU